UGGGUGGAGCCCAGCUGUUGAGCUGGUAGUGGGCAGAGCCCUCGUCGGCAGGUGGUCGUUAGCAGAAUGGCGGUUGUGGCUGCAGUUCGGGGGUCCCAGGGAGGGCGGCGCUUCUGGUUCGAGAUCUGUAGGAAGGCAAAUCUCAACUGGCAUUCCUCAUCCUUUAUUUCAUCCUCUUCAGUGCCAACAACAAAAUUGUUCAUUGAUGGCAAGUUUGUUGAGUCAAAAAGUAGUGAAUGGAUUGAUAUCUACAACCCUGCUACCAAUGAAGUUGUUGGUCGAGUCCCAAAAGCCACACAGAGUGAGAUGGAAGCAGCAGUGGCUUCAUGCAAAAAGUCUUUGCCAAACUGGUCUGAGAUAUCUAUUCUGAGUCGACAGCAAGUUUUCCUGCGGUACCAGCAGCUCAUCAAGGAUAAUCUGAAAGAAAUUUCAAAACUGAUCACCUUGGAGCAAGGGAAGACCUUGGCUGAUGCAGAGGGAGAUGUGUUCCGAGGCCUCCAGGUUGUUGAACAUGCUUGUAGUGUGACAUCUCUUAUGUUGGGUGAAACCCUUCCCUCCAUUACUAAAGACAUGGACACUUGCACCUAUCGCUUGCCUCUGGGAGUGUGUGCAGGCAUUGCACCUUUUAAUUUCCCUGCCAUGAUUCCUCUUUGGAUGUUCCCCAUGGCCAUGGUGUGUGGAAACACUUUCUUGAUGAAGCCUUCAGAGCGUGUUCCAGGAGCCCUUAUGUUUCUUGCCCAGCUGUUGCAGGAUGCUGGUGCACCUGAUGGAACACUAAACAUUAUCCAUGGACAACAUGAAGCUGUGAACUUUAUUUGCGAUCAUCCUGAUAUUAAAGCCAUCAGCUUUGUUGGAUCUAAUCAGGCUGGAGAAUAUAUCUAUGAAAGAGGUUCAAAACAUGGCAAGAGAGUCCAGGCCAAUAUGGGAGCUAAGAACCAUGGAGUGGUGAUGGCAGAUGCCAAUAAGGAGAACACGCUAAAUCAACUGAUUGGAGCAGCUUUUGGAGCAGCUGGCCAGCGGUGCAUGGCAUUAUCUGCUGCAAUCUUGGUAGGGGAGGCUCGGAAAUGGCUACCAGAGCUGGUGGAAAGAGCAAAGAACUUGCGAGUUAAUGCAGGAGAUCAACCUGGAGCAGAUCUUGGGCCCCUGAUCAGCCCCCAGGCUAAGGAACGGGUCUGCAAACUGAUUGACAGUGGAGCAAAUGAAGGGGCUAGUGUUCUUCUUGAUGGGCGAAAAAUCAGAGUGAAAGGGUUUGAAAAUGGCAAUUUUGUUGGACCUACUAUUCUUGGUAACGUCAAGCCUAAUAUGACCUGCUAUAAGGAGGAAAUUUUUGGACCAGUUCUAGUGGUUCUGGAAGCAAACAGUCUGGAUGAAGCCAUUGAAAUAGUGAAUAACAAUCCCUAUGGGAAUGGAACAGCAAUCUUCACCACUAAUGGUGCCACUGCUCGGAAAUACUCCCAUUUAGUGGAUGUUGGACAGAUUGGUGUGAAUGUUCCUAUUCCGGUGCCUUUACCAAUGUUCUCCUUCACUGGCUCUCGUGGAUCUUUCAGGGGUGACACCAAUUUCUAUGGCAAACAGGGGGUGCAGUUCUAUACUCAGCUGAAGACAGUUAUUUCUCAGUGGAAAGAGGAAGAUGCUGCUGUUGCCAAGCCUUCAGUAGUUAUGCCAACCAUGGGGAACUAAAGCCAACUGUCACUCUUGCUGGAGUUGUUAGAAGUAUUUUUCACCUAGGAUGGUGCAGGCUACUCUUCAGCUUUCUUGGGUUGCCAUUCUUGCCCUGGAAAUAUAGAAACCUCUUCAUUUCAGGAUCAUCAUUUCCAAUCAGUUGAAUAGGGCCCUUUAGCACAACAUUUAGUUUCUAUCUAUGGAAUAGCUUUUUGGGGGGGGGGGGUUAU